UUAUAAACUAGUAAUAAGGAUUUAAAAAGUAGUAACAGAGAAAAGGUUUACAAGAAUGGAGAGAGAAUAAUCAAUCAUAUAGAUCUGCCAGAAAAACUCUCCGGUCAGAUCGGACCCAUAAACAUUUCGCCCUUUUUGGUUUCCUUUUCCCGGAAUCCCGUUUCAAAUUUUUUUUUUUUUAAUCUUAUUAGGGAUUAGAUAUUCGACCGAGUUUUGGGGGGCAUGAACAAUUUUGCUCUUCAUUGAUUUUUUAAUUUAUUGAAUUGGCCAUAUAUUUGUACAUACCAAUUGAUUUGAUCUGGGUGGGAAAUUUUUUGGGGAUGAUUCUUUUAGGGUUUUUGGUGGGAAUGUAAAACAAGGAGGGGAAAAGGGGAAAGAUAGGAUUUUGCUGGCUGGGCCGAUGGCGUCGGCGCAGGUGUUGAAAAAGCAAGGGCAUUUGGAAGCUGGGAAAAAAAAGCUAGAAGAGUUUCGUAAGAAAAAAGCUGCAGAGAAAGCAAAAAAGAUCGCAUCUGAUGGUCCAGUUCAUGCCUCAAACACAGGAUCGCAUGAAAAGCAACUUUCAGAUUCUGAACGUGUCCGGCCUGUUAAUUCUGAUGCCACUGCUACAUCGGCUGCAUUUGAAGCAGCUAUUGCAGAACCAUCUCACACGGAAAACAGAAAAGUUAGUGUGGAACCUGAGAUAUUAAGUGGUAGCAGAUCUAAUUUUCUCAGUGAUGCAAUUGCGGAACGUCCUACCUCUGAAAUAUCAUUGACUCGGUUAUCUAGUGAAGAGGUUAGAGAUGAUGAUGUUUCUCAGUUUGCGAAGCAAUCAAACAUAGAACUUGAUCCUCCACACAAAAAGGAGACUUACAGAGACUUGGACAAUGUCUCUGCUGGUGUUUCUAUAAAUCAAUCCAUUUCUUUUCAGUUGCCGUCUGAGAGCGUUGAUUACACUUCGUGGCAGUAUAGAAAUAAUGGAUCAUAUGGAAACUUUCCAAGUAUUUCAGAUACUCAACAAAGAGAUUUUUCAGUGACGAGUUUUGGUAGUUCGCAUUCUUCCCUUGCAAAUGGUUUUCCAGAGAAUUCUGGCAUUGGUUUCCCCCAUGAAUAUGGCAACCAUACAUCCUUGUCUCAUGAAGGUAGUGCCCCUUUAACCUCCGCAGGAACAGGUGCCAGGAGGUCUCGUCCUUCUUUCCUUGAUUCCAUUAAUAUAUCUAGAGGUCCUUCAGCCUCACCACCAGUAUCUCGGCCUUUGAAUGUUGACCUAUUUGGUUCCAAAGUUCACCCAGAGGACACAUUAGGUUCACAAGUUUCACAGAACUUGAAGUCUUCUUCAGUUGCUUCUGGAAAUGGGCUUGACCUGUACAAACAAGUUAUCGACCGAAACUUGGAGACCAAACAAAAUGAAGAUUUCAAGGAAUUAGAACAGCAUAUUGAAGAUUUAACCCAAGAGAAAUUUUCACUGCAACGAGCUCUUGAAACCUCGCAAACUUUAGCGGAGUCCUUGGCUGCUGAAAAUUCAACCCUGACAGAUAACUAUAACCAUCAGGGAAGCGUUGUUAAUCAGCUAAGAUCUGAUAUGGAGAAGUUGCAACAAGAGAUCAGAGCCAACUUGAUGGAGCUUGAAGCUGUCAGAGCAGAAUAUUCAAAUGCACAAUUGGAAUGUAAUGCAGCUGAUGAGCGUGCCAAGUUACUAGCAUCUGAAGUUAUUGGCUUGGAAGAAAAGGCUCUACGAUUGAGGUCUAAUGAGUUAAAGCUGGAGAGACAACUAGAGGAGUUGCAAGCUGAAAUUUCUUCUUUCAAAAAAAAGAUUUCUGUUCUUGAAAAGGAUCGUCAGGAUCUGCAAUCUACUAUUGAUGCUUUACAAGAAGAGAAGAAAGUAUUGCAUUCUAAACUUCGGAAAGCAUCUGCAAACGGGAAGCUUCCCGAGGUUACCAAGAGUACAACAAUUAAGCAAGAUGUUUCGACUUCGACCGAGGAUCUUGAUGCAAAUGAAAAUUUAAAUACCAACUUGAGCGCAUCUGUUUUCCCUGGAAAUGAUGUCUACAGUCUCCCAGUUCUGCAUGACAACAGAGAGUUCAACCUUCAAGAUGGAUCAUUGGUCAUUCCUUCUGAUCAGCUUAGAGUGAUUGAGAACAUCAACACAUUAAUUUCGGAGUUGGCUUUGGAGAAAGAAGAGUUGGUGCAAGCAUUGUCUGCCGAAUCAUCUCAAAGCUCUAAACUUAAGGAACUGAACAAGGAGUUGACCCGGAAGCUUGAAGUUCAAACCCAAAGAUUAGAGCUUUUGACUGCCCAGAGUAUGGUAAAUGAUGGUGUCCAAGCAAGACUACCUGAUUCUCAUAUUACAAAUGACAACACUCCAUACGCUGAUGAAGGAGAUGAGGUGGUAGAGAGAGUUCUGGGAUGGAUUAUGAAGCUUUUCCCUGGAGGACCAUCAAGGCGGCGAACUAGUAAGCUGCUUUGACCUACAUGGGGUGGUUUCUUUUUCCUCUCCCUAUGGACCUUUCUGGUGGUUUCAUUUGUUCCUCUCCAUACUAAGUUUUGUACAAGAUGGAGGUCGCAGUUGUAUAUUGUGAGUGACCCUUAUAGUCUCAUUCUUUCAAGUUAGAAGAAUAUUGUAUUUUGUUGGCAAUGUCAAGAGAUGCAAUUGUUGUGUGACUCUUGAUGCUGUUAGCAAUAAAAGAUGACAGGCCUACGUUUUUAAUGUCGUGGUGGGUCUAGAGGAUAGGCACCAGGUUCCGUGAUUGUAUUGCCAAAAGGUAAAAUGUAUCAUAUUUCUUGUUAUUACUUCAAAAAGAAAGUUAUAUAGCAAAACAUUGUAUCCUUUUCUUUUCCCUUGAAGUCGCAAAACGGCAGAAAGUGUAUCUCAGAGGCAGUAAUGUUAACGUUUUGUGUUGCGAUGGAAAUGUUUGUAGCUUACCCACCAUUGUAUGAAUGAGAAAGAUUAGUGCAGUAUCAUUUGAAAUGUUACCUUUGCCUCGCAGAAGGAUUUGUAUAAUUCUCAUGUCGUAUUAAGGGCUAAGCCAUGCUUAUCUAUCUUAUGGGGUUGCAUCAGCAAGUUCAUUGGAUCAAUGAGAAUUCCGAAA